AUGGCUCAAGGCCAGCUCGCAUCAAAGCCGUCAAUGGCAAAUGGGAUGUCGCUGGGUUUGUCCAAGGAUGAGGUUCACCAGAUUCAGCAGUACGAGAGAAUUGUGCAUUUUCGCGACGCAAUCCUUGCUGGGUCGCAUCCCAAGAUCAAAGUGCCAAAACUGUCGGCUACACAAGCCUCUGCCACUGCAGUAGCACCGCCUUCAAAUGCUUCUGUUCCAGGAAAGGGAACAACGGGGAGCACGGUGCAGGGACAUCAAGCUGGAAAUAUCCAGUCAAUUGCGUCCAACACGCAACAACACGCGUCUCUCCCUGGCCUGGGAAACCCGCCCCCCGCUAACGCGAACUUGCCUGCAAGACCCUUCGUCAGUGCUGGCAACACGGAGAUCAAUCCCAUCUUCCUCCAGAAAUCUGAUGACUUGAUCAAGGCCGAGAUCCAGCUCCAGAGGCAGCGUCUUGAGCGGGCGCUGCGUGAUGAGGUUGAUCAACGUCGGGCCUCUAUGAAGGCUUCGGCGCAAUCGGAGCCUCUUGCCGACUUUGACCUCUCCGACGUCUUGUCCAAGGCCCUGACUCUGGUCCAGGCUGCUCCUUCUUCGUCUGCCAAUCCUCUGGCUGCUGCUAAUACUUCAGCUGCAAGUGACUCGUUUGAUGAGAACUCUUACUAUUCUUCCCAACACAACUCGCCCGAUUCCUCGCUUCACAGUUCGCGCGCAGGUAACGACGCCGAUGCUGGUGCCCAGGCAUGCAAGCUAUCCGCUGCCGACCGGCCGCUCGAAGGCAAUACGCAAGUACAAGCAAAUCAAGGGGCUCAAGUUGGCCUCCCUUCUUCGCUAUCCCAUGCGUCUGCUACUCAUCAGCCACAGGGUCAAGCCUUGAACUCCACCCCAUCCCAGACACGACCGAUCUCGGGCAGAGUCGACGCCGCGCAUGGAUACUCUCGAUACCCGUCGGUAGGAACGACGCAGAGGACAGAGGGAGGCGAUAACACGGGAGCGUCUACAUCAGGAGGUGGGAGUGGAAAUACCAGUCGAUCUGACGAGUCAGGCGUUAUGGAUCUUGACGACAGUGCUGAUAGAUCUGUUCCUGCAGCAGGUCAACAGCAACUUGGGGGGUCUAUGCUUGCCCGUCAACCCUCGCCUCUGAUCCAAGUCCGCGCCCCGAACAUAUCUCCAUUGGCGCCCCAGCCUUCCCAUGUCUCGCUUCUAGCAACGGCCAGAGCCAGAGGUCCAGCAUUCGAUGCCCAGGACAUAAAUAUCCCCCAAGGAACCACCGCUCAAGUUGCACAACUGCGCAAUGAACCCAAUGUUAUUUCCAGCCCAGAUAGCUCGCCGCAAGGGGGGCGAAAUGGUGAGAGACGGAAGGGCAAGAAAAAGAAGAACAACGCGAACAACAAUGCGGGCAACAAGAGGUCAGUGAGGCAAGCGCCAGACGAGCCUUACAUUAAGCCAGAGCCGCGUUCGCCAUCCCCCAUGAGUGCGCCGUCUUUUGUCCGACCACAGAAGCGACUGAGAAGACAGGACGACGAGGAUCCUCACUACGCCCUGCCCGACCGUCAAUUUUCUCGGUCGUAUAGAAGUGAGGGCGCCGCGCCGGCGUAUGAGCCUCAAGAGUAUCGCCCAAGACCGGUGAGCCAAGCCGUCACAUCUGGCGACUAUGGGUAUGGAAGGGAAUACAUGGAGGAACCGCGCGUUCCGAAUGGCGCUGAAUAUGUCCGACGAGUGCAGUCGCCGGGUGUCUAUGCCGUCCACUCCGCUCCAAGUGAGAUAUACGCAACCUCUCCGGCAGCCAGUGUCGAUCGCUACGGUAGGGAGCCUACGCGGUAUUAUCGCGAUGGCUACGAAGUGAUGCGUAUGAGCGCUCGUCCCAUGGCAGAUCGUGCGAGAUCUCGCUCUCCCGUCAUGAGAGAGAGAGCGUCUCCGCUGAUGGGACCGCCUAAAGCACCACCUGCGAGAGUCGUGGUUGAUCCCGCCACCGGCCGACAAUACUACGAGCCGGUUAGCGUUGUUCGGCAGUCGGUUGCGCAGCAACCGCUCCGGUCUGGCGAGCCCGAGAUGAUUUACGAGAGGGCACCGAUCCGAGCCGAGUCCAGACGACCUGGUCCCGACCCUCGUGACGACGAUGUGCUCUAUCAGCGAACCUCGCCAAUAUACGCGGCACCACGCAGAGUCGUCACCCAGCCUGAGUAUGCCAUAUCGGAUGCUCAUCGCGUCUACAGGCAUCGGGAAUACUCGGCCAGAUCAAUGGCGCCCCCAGGUGAAGAAUACAUCCCGGCAAGAGGUGGAUUGGAGCAGCGAAGAAUUAUUGAGGAACCGCCGCGAGAAUACAUGAUGCGGGCAACAACAGCUCGACCGGCAGAAACAGUGCGGUACGAGCUCCCGCGGGAAUAUGGAAGAGUGCAGAGUGUGAGGCCGGAACAGCUACCCAUUCAGGACUACGCCUCGGUGCCGAUGCAUCCCGAAGCCCGCCUGGAAGUUAUCCAGCCCGGUCCUCGGUCCUACAGCGUUAGACCGUCAGAGCCUCAGGUGAUACGCCAGGAGUACAGCGUGCGACCGAUGGAGCAGCAGCAGUAUUACGGCCAGCCACUUCCGGCUCGUCCCGAGCCGGAGGUGUCCUACAUCGAACGACCUAGAGUAGCCGCGCAGGAGGUCUACUAUGCGGAUGAGGCUCCGCGCCCGAUGUACCAUUAA